AUGACUUCUGAGAAGCCUGCCUCUCGCUUUAUCGAGUCGGGCGUGCUCCAGCCGCCCAGUCCCGUCAUGGACUCUGCGACUCUCAAGAGGCUUGAGGCUGGAGAUCACGAACCUGCCCCUACUCCUCCUCCUCCUGCUCAUGUGCCCUCUGUGAUGCAGCAGCAGAAAGCGCCAGAAUGGACGAGAAGAGCUCCGCCUUCAAGAUCUGCGCACAGCUCCUACUCGGGAACACCAGCUGUCAUGCAGAUUCCCGAUGCCACGGCUGCGGAUCUACCAGUUGUGGCCAAGUACAUCGCCCGUCGUGCGACUCUACUAGGCUGGUUUGAUGAGCCUGCCGCUGCUGCCAUCACAAGCGGCUGGUCUUCAACAUGCAUUGCACUCAAGAAGCCAGAUGGAUCGUACCUGUACAAUCCAGAUGACCCAAGCCCAGACCUGGCUGCCGCCAUCGGUCGCAUCAAUGAGUCUGCUGUUGUCUCGAUGUCGUCUGAGGUGACCAAUUCCGUUCUGGAUAGUAUCAAGCCUGGACAAGGUAGCCUUAUCAAUGAAGACACUGGUGCUCGCAUUCCCAUCGUUGCUAGCUUUGCCGAUAUUCAUGAUUCACUUGUGCACCUGACCAGCGCAUGCAUUGUUGUGCAAGAACGAUGUGUACUGAUCUGGUCUCACGAGGCGAGAAAUGUUCUCAAUGUCGCGCACAACGUCGAGAAGCAAAUGUUGGCCUUUGUUGUUGGUCCCAACAUGCCUCGUGGUAUGCUUGCGCAGACUGAAGAACACUCGGAGGAAAAUUUCCACACGCCUGUUCGUGGAGCCAUUGAUGAGCGAAAUGAAGUCUACCAGGCCGCUAUCAAGGUUGAAGAAGGCGGCGAUGAUGACGAUGCUGAUAUCGAGAGCAGAGCGCUCAGACGCCCUACUCUCCUUGUCCACUCUUUCAGAAUCGGCAUUGUCAUAAUGUUGGUUAUUCUGACCCAGAGUGUUGGUAUUUCCAAACUCGUCCGCCAAUGGUCUUGGGACGGCGACUACAAGCGUUUUGCGUUGGCUGCUGUCGUUCCUCCUCUAAUGGUCUUGUCGCUGUUCUUCUUCAUCGUUGUCGUCAGUAGUGUCUUCCAGCUUCUCCUUCCCGCUGGAAUCUGCCUCAAGAACUCCAAGUUCCACUCUGCAGUCAAACCCAACCCCAAGCGAUACAAGGACUACCAACUUCCUCACAUAACUGUACAAAUGCCUGUCUACAAGGAAGGUCUACGAGGUGUCAUUGUCCCAACCAUGGUCUCAGUCAUGGCAGCAAUCCAGCACUACGAGAACCAAGGUGGCACAGCUUCCGUCUACAUCAACGACGAUGGUAUGCAGUGCAUCCAGCCCGAACUCGCCGCAGCUCGCAAGCAGUACUACCGUGAGAACGGCAUCGGCUACUGCGCCCGUCUUCCCAACAAGAAGUCCCCUAAAUCCAAGGGCUUCUCCUGGUUCAAGCGCUCUCCCCCCGUUGACCCUGAAGUCGACAACCAAGACGAGAGCUCCAUCUCUCCCCAAGGCCGCGCCAAUGCACUCGGCUUCGUCCGCAAGGGCAAGUUCAAGAAGGCUAGCAACAUGAACUACUGCCUUGCCUUUUCCAACCGCGUCGAAGAUGAGAUGUUGAGACUCACUGAGCUGGAGUGUCAGAACCGUGGAUGCAGUUAUGAGGAUCUGACUGCCGAGGACGAUGACCAACUUUAUGAACAGGCUCUGCAGAACAUGGUAGAUGCUGACGAGGGCAAUACCUGGGCUGAGGGUAACAUCCGCAUGGGUGAGAUCAUUCUUCUUAUCGACUGUGACACUCGUCUCCCCAUCGACUGUCUUCUUUACGGCGCUCUUGAGAUGUACGAGAGCCCUGAAGUCGCUAUUCUACAACACGGAUCAGGCGUCAUGCAAGUCGCCCACAACAUUUUCGAGAACGGUAUCACCUACUUCACCAACAUUGUUUACACGGCCAUCAAGUAUGGUGUUGGUACCGGUGAUGUCGCUCCUUUCGUCGGCCAUAACGCUUUCCUUCGCUGGAAGGCUGUCCAGAGCGUUGCUUUUGUCGAUCCAUCUGACAAGGUCACCAAGUGGUGGUCCGACUCGCACGUUUCUGAAGAUUUCGAUAUCAGUCUGAGGGUUCAAAUGGCUGGUAUGAUCUGUCGACUCGCUACUUAUCACAACGGUGGUUUUGAGGAGGGUGUUUCCCUGACGGUCUAUGAUGAGCUGAACCGAUGGGAGAAGUAUGCUUAUGGGUGCAACGAGCUUGUGUUCCAUCCUUUCUACCAGUGGAUCUACAAGGGUCCUGUCACCCGACUCUUCCUGCGAUUCCUUUGGAGCAGCAUGCCAGUGACCAGCAAGGUAUCCAUUAUAGCCUACAUCUUUACCUACUAUGCCAUUGCUGCUGGUUUGCUCCUCACCCUCAUCAACUACGUCCUCGUCGGACUAUUCUUCUACGACCUAGACCAAUUUUACAUGCCCUCAUGGGGCAUCUGGGUCUCCCUCCUGGUCGUCUUUAACGGUGUCGCCUCUGUCGCAUGCAGCAUGACGCGACAUCGUCUCAAGGAGAAGUCAUUCUGGUCUUCCAUCCUCGAGGCAUGCAAAUGGCUUCCCUUCCUUCUUCUCUUCUUUGGUGGCAUCAGCAUCAACUGUGCCAAAGCCCUCCUCUGCCACGCCUUCUCCAUCAACAUUGAGUGGGCGUCGACAUCCAAGGAGCUGGGUCCUACGGGUAUCUACAUCGGUCUCAACAAGAUGAUGCACCGAUUCAAGUACACAUUCCUUAUCUGCUUCGUGCUCGCCGGCGGCAUGAUCUACAUGGCCGUCGCAGCGCCCUGGGGCUGGACUAUUGCACCUGGAAAGUUCUCGUCCGGUACUUUUGCUAUCGUGCCGUUGGCUGUCCAGAUUUCUUGCGCAUUCUGUUUGCCGAUCUUCCUCGGCUUGACUUAA